AUGGCCUCUCGCACCGUCGCCAAAGCUGCCAUCCCCAUCACAAACCCCAACAAGCCCAUCUUACCCGCCCCCGACCCCGACGCCAAAGACACACCCGAUGGCGCCCCACCAGGCAGCGCCUCUACCACAGAUGGCUCGCCCUCAGCUGCAGCCGCCCGUGCGAAUCAUCCCUCUGCAACAGUGGCACCGAUCACCCAGGCUCCGCGCCCAACGGCCGCGAGGCCGCCGCAGAACACUUGGUCCGCCCUCGACAUGGGCGGCGUGAGGCUCAAGACCCUCCCGCCCACCUCGGCCUUAUUCGGCUUCUCCUUCCUCAUCAACCUCUACCUCAACCACAACGACCUCACCCAGAUCCCGCCCGCCAUCUCGCGCCUGCGCCACCUCGAGCUUCUCGAUUUGAGUGGUAACGCCCUCUCGAGCGUCCCGCCCGAGCUCGGCAUGCUCACGAGCCUCAAAGAGCUGUAUUUGUUCGACAACAUGCUCACUGGCCUGCCCGUCGAGCUCGGCAGCCUGCACCAGCUGCGCACGCUCGGGAUCGAGGGCAACCCGAUCGACAGCGGCCUGCGCGCGCUCGUGCAAAAGGACGGCACACCCGCGCUCAUCUCCUACCUGCGCGACACCGCGCCGAUCCCCGCGCCCCCGCCGCCGCGCACGUGGAUCUCGACGCUCCCGCCCGCCGAGCGCGGUGCGUACGCGGGCGACCGCGGCGCGCAGGACGACGCGAUCCGCGUGUUGUCGUAUAAUACGCUGGCGCAGAAGUGCGCGACGGAGCGGCUGUAUGGGUAUACGCCCGCGUGGGCGCUUGCGUGGGAGUAUCGCAAGGAGCUGGUGGCGGCGGAGGUGUUAAGGCACCGUGCGGAUAUUGUGUGUUUGCAGGAGGUCGAGAAGGCGCGGUAUGAGGAUUUCUGGCAGGGCGCGAUGGGCGAGGCGGGGUAUGAGGGUAUUUAUUGGUGGAAGGGGCGGUGGCGCGCGCAGGGCGACGGUGAGCGGGCGAUGGCGGACGGGUGUGCGACGUUUUACAAGCGUGAUCGCUUCGUCCUCGUCGACUCGCGCCCGCUCGAGUUCGCCACGGCCGCGAUGCAGCGCCCGGACUUUAAGAAGACGGACGACAUGUUCAACCGCGUGCUGGGGAAGGACCAUAUGGCGCUGCUCGCACUGCUUGGGGACAGGAGGACGGGCGCACGGCUCGUGUGCGCGAACGCGCAUCUGAACUGGGACCCGGCGUACCGCGAUGUCAAGCUCGUGCAGGCGGCGAUGCUCGCCGAGGAGGUCGAGCGCGCGGUGCGCGAGCUCGCGGGCAAGGAGGUCAUUCUCGAUCCCGUCUUCCCUGGCUCCGCGGAAGGCGGCGGCGGCGAGGGCGGCGAUGCGGGCGAUCUGGCGGGCGACUAUGUGACCGUCGACUCGGCUUCAUUCUCCCCUGACGCGGACCCUUUGGCGUCUGCGCCCCCUACGCCUUCCUCCCAAACGCAAUCGCAGGGGCAGACGCCAGGCCGACCGCGCCACGCACAGUCGUACCCGGACCCCGCGCUCCUCCCCGUGCUCAUCGUCGGGGACUUCAACAGCGUCGCCGAGUCGGGCGUGUACGAGUUUCUGCGCGCGGGGCACGUCCCGCCGAACCACGCGGACUGGAUGGGCCACACGUACGGGCGGUACACUGCCGCUGCCGCGGGCCCGCGGCACAGGCUGGGUCUGCGCAGCGCGUAUGGGGCCGCGGGGCUGGACGGUGGCGAUCGUGGGGUGUUGGCGGGGGGUGUUGCGCCGCCGCCGCCGCCUGGUGUGAAUGGAAUUAUCAGUGGGGACCCGGAGAUGUCCCCGCUUGCGCCGGAGGGUUCGCCCGUGCAGAACGCUGUGCACGGCACGCCUAACCCGUCUUUGUCCCUGGGUGCGGGCGCGGGUGCGGGGCAGAGCGCGGCGAUGGGCCGCGCGGCAAGGCCCGGCGAGGCGGUGGUGACGAACCAUACGCCGUCGUACCAGGGCGUGCUCGAUUAUUUGUGGUAUUCGGAGCGCACGCUGGGUGUGACGGGUGUGCUGGGUCCGAUUGAUGCGGGGUAUUUGGACAAGUGUGUUGGGUUUCCGAAUGCGCAUUUUCCGAGCGAUCAUGUGUGCAUCGUCGCCGAGUUCCGGAUCAAGGCUGUCAAGGACGGCGGGCGCUAG